UUCCAGUUGUAGUCAAAACAGUAUUGUGUUGUAUCGAACGAAAUAUUUUACCUUAACGUACGAUAUACAAUAUGUUGCUCAUCGAGGAAUUUUGCUUGCAAUUUUAAACAUUAAAAAAUCAAUAAAUUGGAUUGGAGGAUACUGCUGUAAAGUGUUUAAUCUUUAUUCAAGUCUUUAACGUUACUUCCUUUGACUGGUCUGAAUCCUCCUACCAGUAUGAGUCGUCGGUGUAAAAACUGUGGUGGAUCGGACAUUGACACUGACCCAGCUCGAGGGAGUGCUGUCUGCACGGCCUGUGGCUCGGUUCUGGAGGAUAACAUCAUUGUAUCUGAAGUCCAGUUUGUGGAAAACAGCGGAGGGGUGUCUUCAGCUGUCGGACAGUUUGUGUCGGCAGAUGGUACUUCUAAAGCUCCAGUCCUGAGCACUGGCUUUCACACAAGUUUGGGAAAAGAAUCACGGGCUCAGACACUCCAGAAUGGGAAACGACAGAUACACAAUCUCGGCUGCCAGCUGCAGCUAAACCAACACUGUUUGGACACGGCCUUUAAUUUCUUCAAGAUGGUGGUGAGCAAGCACCUGACACGAGGCCGCAAGAUGACACACGUCAUAGCCGCCUGUCUUUACCUGGUCUGCAGGACAGAGGGAACGCCACACAUGCUUCUGGACCUGAGUGAUCUUUUACAGGUGAAUGUGUACAUUCUGGGAAAGACCUUCUUGCUGUUGGCUAGAGAGCUCUGUAUCAACGCUCCGGCCGUUGAUCCAUGUCUGUAUAUUCCUCGAUUCGCACACAUGUUGGAGUUUGGUGAUAAGACUCAUGAGGUUUCAAUGACGGCUCUCAGACUGCUGCAGAGGAUGAAACGGGAUUGGAUGCACACCGGACGACGACCAUCAGGAUUGUGUGGAGCAGCUCUGCUGGUGGCGUCCCGUAUGCAUGAUUUCCGGCGCACGGUGAAGGAGGUGAUAUCUGUCGUCAAGGUGUGCGAGGCUACGCUUAGAAAAAGGCUGACAGAGUUUGAGGAGACCCCCACCAGUAACUUAACCAUCGAUGAGUUCAUGCGAGUGGACCUUAAGGAGGAGUGUGAUCCUCCAUCAUUUGUGGCCGGACAGAAAAGAGUCAAGAUACAGCAGCUGGAGCAGGAGUUGGCCAAGAAACUUGAGGAGUAUCAAGGAGAGAUCAACUCAUACCGGGAUGAGAUUGAGACACAGCUGGCAAUGAACAGCAGAACCAAACCGAGAGGGAUUUAUGCCGCCUACGCAAGAGAAGAUGAUGAUUGUAUAUCUCUGGCCUCUGAACUGGCUGGAGAUGAAGGCCGAGAGGAUGAGGAAAUAGAGGCUGCAGCCCAACAUCUAAACCAGGAGUUCAUCAGUGAGGUGUUGCCUGAGUUUGGGCAGGGCGGACAGGGGGAGACGGAGGAUCAGGAACGGAGUAAGGAAUCAACACAGAUCUCCGGCCGGUCUCCUCACGUACCCCUAAAGGCACUACUCGGCCCUUUGCCCAGCGCAGCAAGCCUGGGUCUAACAGACACUAUACGUGAAUGCAUCACAGAGGACACAACAACCGCAGAUGAAAAAUCAGACAGUGGGGAACUAGAUCUGAAUGGGAUUGAUGAAGAUGAGAUUGAAAAGUACAUUUUGACCGAGCUGGAGGUGAAGGCAAAGACAGAGCUGUGGAUGAAGCAGAAUGAGGAGUAUUUGAGGGAACAAAAAGAAAAAGAAGAGAAAAUAGCUAAAGAAAAGGAGCAAGGGACCUAUAAGGAGAAGCCGAAGAAGCCUUCCAAGAAGAGAGAACCAAUCCUGGCCAGCACUGCAGGAGAGGCCAUAGAGAAGAUGUUGGAGCAGAAGAAGAUCUCCAGUAAGAUUAACUACGAUGUUCUGCGAGACCUCAACAGCAAGGGCGGCGGGAACACUUCCACUCAGCAAGCCGAAGAUCCGCCCGCCAGCAGCUCUGGACGCAAGAAGCUGACUCGCCGCAAGAAGCAGCUAAACAAGAGCAAUCUCGGCCUGGCUAAACCCGCCAGCCUCAUGGGGAAAAGGCUCCGCCCUUUGAUAUCAUCAGUACCCAAGAAGAAGAGGACAGAAGCCAAACCGGUCACCCCCAACAUCCACAUGAUGUUGCCUCCCGCCACCCCCGAGCCCUCAGUUGCCCCAACCCCUCCCCCUGUGGUUGAAAGUGGCCCCGUGGCGUACGAGGAACCAGCUGAGGAAGAGGAGGAGAACGAAGAAGAGCCAGAGGAGUCUUGUGUUAGCGCCGUGCAGCUGAUAGGUGGACACGACUAUGGCUGUGAAGUUGAAGAAGAAGAGGUCUUCUAGUCUGUCCAGCGAUGUCUUUUAGUGCUUUGUCUGCCUUGCAAAGAGAGCAAGAGGAAAGCGUUUGAAGCACAUGUGACAAAGCUAUAACACGACGCCCGUUUACAAAAGGUCACCCUUUCUCAAUAUUUAUUAUGUGCCUGCUUGAACUGCGGUAUCUGUGUGAUGAGUGAGUCAUUGUGUGAGAAGAACAACUGGCAGCUUCAGACUGAAAAACAAGUAGUAACCAAUGGAAAGCAAUGUGUAUUUUACAUUUACAACUAGUGCACCAAAACUCAUGACAUAUUCUUCUGACAAGAAGGCUAUUUCUUCAAUUUAACUUUUACCACACAGUUUUUCUAUUGCUUAACUUGUACAUUUUAUAGUUUUUUUAUUUUUACUAUUUUAGUACAAUAGUAUGAUUUUAGUUUACUUUGUAUGCUGUAUUUAUCUGCUGGGACCAAAUGAUGUGUACGUCUGUAUAUUUGUAUAUAAAACAGUAUUUUGUCAAGUGUUAUAUUUCGUCAGUCUGUGUAAAAGUAAAUGAUCCUCUGUGUUGUACUGUAAUGUAAUUAUGUUUUUCUCAGUGUAGAUUUAUUGUCAUUUGAAUAAUCAGUCAGCAUCAUCAGAUUUCAGAGUAAACACCAGCUUCUGUAAUGGGAGAAACGUGAUUUGAACUUUUAAAUGUAUGUAAAUAAAUUCACAUCGUCUCCA